AGUCUGGCAGUCAUCGCUACUAACUCUCCUCUCGGCGACCGACAUACAACACACCAGCAGACUUGGACCGAGCCACGGCCUGAUUGUCAGAGCCUUCAUCCAGCCCUGAAGUGGCCUCUGGGUAGCCAAGGCCUGGGAACUUUUGGUUUGACUCCAACCUUGGGAAGAAUUGUUGACGUAUUCACCAUGGCCAGUCCCAAGACCCGAAGGGCUUUGUCGGAUCUUCGACCAAAAGACGACAAUAAUAAAUGUUUCGAGUGCAAUACCCACAAUCCUCAAUGGGUGUCAGUCACGUACGGAAUCUGGAUCUGCCUGGAAUGUUCCGGCCAACAUCGUGGCCUGGGUGUUCACAUGAGUUUUGUGCGAUCCGUCACCAUGGACAAAUGGAAAGAGAGUGAGUUAAACAAGAUGAAAGUGGGUGGGAACAAGAAGGCCAAGGAUUUCCUCACUGCCAGGAAGGAUUGGAAUGCCUCGGCGCCCAUCAAGCAAAAGUAUCAUAGCAAAGCUGCGGCUCUCUACAAGGACAAGAUCCUGGUGGAGUCGCAAGGUGGCUUUUGGGAUGAAUCCAAAUCGGAAGCUCAGAGUUACAAGGCUCCUUUACCGUCGGGAUUGAGCUCAUCUGGAUCUAAUGCCAAACUAGGAACUAGUCAGAGCUGCUCCAAUUUCCAAUCUUCUUCCAGUGGAGGUGGAUAUCAAAAUGGAUCCGAUUUCAACAGCCCUGAGUUUAAGGCCCAGAAAGAGGAUUUCUUCAGCCGAAAGCAGAAUGAGAAUGCCAGUCGACGCGAUGACUUACCUCCAUCGCAAGGUGGAAAAUAUGCCGGAUUUGGUAAUGCUGCUAGUUCUGGUCCAACGCGGUCGAUGUCUACAGACUUUUAUGAAAAUUCCAUGGGAGGAUUAACUACCAGUCUUUCCGCAUUUUCCAUGGGUGCUUCCAAGCUCACGGGUCGCGUGGCCGAAGUCGGAUGGAAGUUUACGGAUAUCGCAUCGCAAAAGGUCUCUGAAGUAUCUGAGUCUGUUUCUGGGAAAGUGAAAGAAGGCCAGAUUCUCAAUGAUCUGUCGAGUCAAGCGACAAACAUUGCUGGAUAUGUAUCUGAAGUUGGAAAAACGGGAUUUGCAGGUUUUUCCAGCUUCUGGGGCGGCAACAAACGCUCCGAGUACGAGUCAUAUGAGAAUUCGUCUUUGAACGCCAGUGGCAACACGAGUAGCAGUUACCACACCCAAUCACCGAGUGAAGGAGGAGGCCUAGGCGGGAGCUUUCAAGGCUUUUCCGACAAUGAUGGAAGGAAAGGAUCCGAGGAUUGGGCAUCGGACUGGCAGGAUAACUCUUGGCAGGACGAUGGAGAGGCCUCAAAAUCCCGGAAACCCGCCAAGUCUUCGAGCGUAAAGAAGGCGAAUCCGGAUCCCUUGAUCGACUUUGGCAGCGAGCCACCACGUGCCAAGAAAGCUUCCCAAACUUCGACCAAGAAGUCAAACGAUAACUGGGGUGACAAUUGGGGUGAUGAUGAUGCUUGGGAGUCCUUGAACGAGAAGUGAUCCGUCCCAUUGGAUUUAGUGGAUCCCCGCAUUUCCCUGGUUUUUACCCAUAUGAAUUUUAUACGUUGAAGACAUGGAUUUUGAUGGCAAUUCUUGCCCCUCUAAUCGCUUGGAUAUCAUUAUGUUACUUUUGGUUGAAUACAAGAUAAAUCGUAACUAGUGUAA